AUGCUGGCCGUCCGAAGUUUGCCCCUAAUUGCCGCCGGGCUGCUCCUUGUUGCCGCGAGCCCAGCAAUUAACAAACGGGACGCGGAGGAUGAGCAACCCGAGCAACCCGAAGCCAUCAAUCCUGAUCGCGAUCUCACUGAGCAUUGCCACAAAAUUUCUGAGUAUUCAGGAGAGCAUUACUGUGAGGUAUUCUCCGAAUGCUGCUGCCCCGACAGGCAAUACUCGGCGGAGAUCUGUAUGAAAAAGGAGGAUUUCUGCGAAUUCGAUAACGCUACGAUGACCGUCACCGACAAGAAAUGUGUGCUAACCGCUUGCUACUAUCCGACAACACUGGCUGAGGUGGUUCAAGAAGAAAUUGUACAUGAUGUGGUCACUGAAAUUACCUCAUCGGCUUCGACAGAGGCCAUUGUGGCUCUUUCUCAGACCACUGAACCCUCCGAAACCUCAACAACAAUAUCCACAGCUUCGUCCACAGAGCAGGUGGCCCUAGACGCCGAAACCACGUUGAAACCCGACGAGGAAACUACUGCAGGGCCGGCUGACGGGGAAACGCCAUCUGGUGAGAUUCCACCUGAGGGGCCGGAGGCUCAGGCUCGUCCGGCUGGUAAUGGGACCGAAAUCGAGGAGGAGGAAGGCUCCGGUGAUGGAGAUGGAGAUGGUAGCGGAACUAACGGCUACACAAUCGCCCUGGUCUCAUCCCUACUCUUCGCCGCUUUCACCGCCAACUUC